UAUUCAAUCAAAUAGGAAUCAAAUUAUAUUAAACAUUUCAACGAGGUAUGGCCAAUGCAUUAGCACUUAGUCGAGAAAGCAACAAUCCACGUCUGGAAGAACAUAUGCGUUUUAUUUGUCCCGAGUGCGGCAAGGAGAACAACACACAACAGGAGUGGCGUAAACACUUAAAUAUUCAGCAUAGUUACGCUACUAAGACAAUAGAGGAUUUCGACUUUAAGGAAAUCGAUGAUAAAUAUCAUGAAUGUCAAAUUUGCAUGAAGUGGGUAGCAAAUGCCCAUCAGGCUAUAGCACUACUGCAGUACCAUCGUUUCCUGCAUUUGCCCUAUGCUCGAACAUACCGCUGUAAACACUGUCCGGGAUCAUUUACACGCAAAAAAGCGUUAGGUGAACAUUUGUUUAGAUUUCACAAUGAUUUAAUAGCCAAACUGAAUAAGGAACGUAAAAUGCAAGAACUAAAGAGAACUUUUAAUGAACAAAGUCCCAAGUAUAAUAGCGAAUUUUAUAUGAAGUAUGUGUGUCCCUUGUGUGGUAAAAUUUUCAAUCGUUUCAAUAUUUGGCAACAACAUAUAGAUGCGGCCCAUAGUGCUACCUCUGUGGAUUUACGUAUGUUUCGCAUACAAAGUACGAAAAACUAUUAUUGUGCUAAAUGUUGUCAAACACUUUACGAUGGUCCCUCCAAGGCACAGCAGCAACGUCAUAAUUUUACCCAUCAGCCAUAUCCCCUGUAUUUUCAGUGUGCGUAUUGCCCGACUGGCAAAAGUUAUAAAUCUGAAUUACUAUUGCAUGUUAUCAAGUCGCACGCAGAGAAAUAUGAAAAGUUUAAGGAAUAUAUAAGGAAACCUAUCGAAUGGGGUGGUCAAGCGGAUAAGAAUGUUAUAAGAGAAUUAGAUUUAUUAUUGGGAGAUAAUGAUCUUCAACAAACUGAUAUUUUACAAAAAGCUAUACAGGAUAGUUUUAUAAAUCUAGAAGAAGAGAUGGAAUUUAAUUUGAAAUUUACUCAUGAACUUGCCUUAGAUCAAAGCCUUAAAGAAUUAGAUGAUAUUCUUAAUUCCGAAAUCGAUCCAAACCUUCAAUUUAAAACUAAUAACAUUGCAACCGAACAUGAAUUUGAUGAUGAUGAAUUGGAAGUAAUAUACAAAGAAAUGUUUGAGGAAAUUGACGAUCAUAGCGUUAACAAUGUCCAGGAUUUACUAACGAAACCAAAUAGAAAACGUCUGAAACUAGACUUGUCUACUCCAGAAAAUGGCCUAAAACUUAAUGAUUCUCUACAAAAAGAAAUGCAAAAGUAUAUCAAUUACCUGUGUCCAGAAUGUGGGAAUGAAUUCGAUUCACAAUCUGUGUGGCGUACUCAUGUCUUUGACCAACACAAUUUGGCUAAUGCAGUGGACACUAAAUUUCGUGCAUUUAAUUCACAAAAAACUGCUUAUAUUUGUCUGGUAUGCUACCAAAUACAGCGUACCGCAAAACAUUCGGAACUAAGACGUCAUCAUUUUCUACAUAUGCCCUAUCAGGCAUAUCUCAAAUGCACAAUUUGUACUAAGACAAAAUCAAGUAAACCAAAAAUGCUGCAACACUUGCAAUUCUCACAUCUCAAAGAUAUACAAAAGUGUACAAAUGUCACAGCAUCGACCACAAAAACGAUGGCCAAAAAUUUACGUUGUCUCGAUUGUGAUAAAUUGUAUGUCCAGCAGACGAGAUUUGAGACUCACUGCCGUCAGUGUCCACAACGUUUGCAGCCACUGGCUGUAGGCCAAUAUGAUAUAAAGAAAAAUAUGAAAUUAUUGGAGCAUUUAAAAAAUGCUAGCACACGUAUUGCUAAUCUAUUGGAAGAAGAAGGUAUAGAUGUGUCCAGUAUGAAGUUACCUUACAAAUAGGAAAGAAAUAUGUUUAAAUAUACACACAUACUUAUAUCCGUAGAUAUAUAAAAUAAAAACUAUUAUAAAAUAUAAA